CUCUGAGUUUCCUGUCCAUCUGCUCUCGAUGCUGAAGACCCGUACGUGCACACACACUUGAGCACACAAUCACAGGUGUGUUGCCUGGACAGAUUCUUCUCGUCACCUUUCGCCACCUUUUGCCACGUGCACGGAGAUGAAGGUGCUCAGUAGACGCAACUCCGUUGUGGAGCGAGUUAUCAUGGUGGAACAAUUUCUCUCAGAGUUCCUGCUGAAGAAGGAGGAACUGAAGGAGGUCAUGAAGCGGAUGCAACACGAAAUGGACCGCGGCUUGCGCCUGGAGACGCACGACAAGGCUAGCGUGAAGAUGCUGCCCACCUACGUGCGCUCCACUCCAGAGGGCUCGGAGGUGGGAGAUUUCUUAGCGCUGGAUCUGGGGGGGACUAAUUUCCGGGUGAUGCUGGUGAAGGUGGGCGAGGACGAGCAGAGGGGCUGGAAGGUGGAGACCAAGCACCAGAUGUACUCCAUCCCAGAGGAUGCCAUGACAGGCACAGCUGAAAUGGUGAGGACCAGGCCUGAGCUCUUCGACUACAUUGCCGAGUGCAUCUCGGACUUCCUGACCAAGCACAACCUGAAGCACAAGAAGCUCCCCCUGGGAUUCACCUUCUCCUUCCCGGUGCGGCACGAGGACAUAGACAAGGGUAUCCUACUGAACUGGACCAAGGGCUUCAAGGCCUCUGGGGCGGAGGGAAACAACGUGGUGGGUCUGCUCAGAGACGCCAUUAAAAGGAGAGGGGACUUCCAGAUGGAUGUUGUUGCCAUGGUAAAUGACACUGUGGCCACCAUGAUCUCUUGUUACUAUGAGGACCACAGCUGUGAGGUCGGGAUGAUUGUAGGAACGGGCUGCAACGUGUGCUACAUGGAGGAGAUGCACACGGUGGAGCUCGUGGAGGGGGAAGAGGGCCGCAUGUGCGUGAACACGGAGUGGGGCGCGUUCGGCGACAACGGCGAGCUGGACGAGUUUCGCCUGGAGUACGACCGAUUGGUGGACGAGAUGUCACUCAACCCCGGCCAACAGCUCUACGAGAAGCUGAUCAGUGGGAAGUACAUGGGCGAGCUGGUGCGUCUGGUGCUGCUGAAGCUGGUGAACGAGGACCUGCUGUUCAACGGCGAGGCGUCGGACCUGCUGAAGACCAAGGGCAGCUUCGAGACCUGCUUCGUGUCGCAGGUGGAGAGUGACUCGGGGGACCGCAAGCAGAUCUACAACAUCCUGACGUCGCUGGGCCUGCUGCCCUCCGAGUUCGACUGCGACGUCGUGCGUCUGGUGUGCGAGAGCGUGUCCACGCGGGCCGCCCACAUGUGCGGGGCGGGGCUGGCGGGCGUCAUCAACCGCAUGAGGGAACGCCGCAGCCAGGAGGCGCUGAAGAUCACCGUGGGCGUCGACGGCUCCGUGUACAAGCUGCACCCCUGCUUUAAAGACAGAUUCCACGAAAUCGUUCGAGAUCUGGCACCUCACUGUGACAUCGCCUUUAUCCAAUCAGAAGAGGGGAGUGGCCGGGGCGCGGCACUGAUUUCCGCAGUAGCCUGCAAAAUGGCCGCCUGCAUGCUGGCCCAGUGAGGGUGUCUCACAGCCUCCCACCACUAGGGGCACCACAUCUCGCUUAAGUGCUUCGUAAAGGAUCUUAUACAUUGGCGAUCCCAAGUUUCAAGCCAUUUCUUACUGGGGUUUGCCAAUUAAGGCUUGUGGGGCGCUGUGUGAAAAGGAAUUACGCCUGUCAGUGACGAUGCAGAAGGGUCACUGAAACAUUAGCAGCACUUUCAAACAUGUUAUGUAACUAGAGUUUGUUAUUAAUUCAGCACUUUCACAAGUAUGUUGUUACUGAAAAUAAUUUGCAGGGACGUAUCCAAGCCCUAUCCAAGUGUCCACAAUACAAGAGCAUGUUUGACAAUAGUGUUUGCAUUGCACAGCAGCCACUGUAGUGCUCAGAGUACAGCUGGUAAUGAAAAGAAAUGUACACCUGUGUGUUAAGCGCAGAGGCGAAGCAUGUGGAUGCUAGCUGUGUUAUGGUUUUACUGUGCAUGGUUUUACUGUGCUAAGCUAAUGUGAAGAGGGAUGGAAACUUAAGGGUAUUUUGGAGAGGAGUGGAGAUGUAGAAUACAGUAUUUUAUUGCUUGUUUUUUGUUGUUUUUUGGAUUGGAACAACACUUUGGUUUUAAAUGUGAUGAAUUGUAUAGUCAGAAUGGGGUAAAGAAUGUGACGCUACAGCUAUUCCUUACAUAUGAAUUAGCUAUUAUUUUAUUCAGGUAGGUGUUUUCCUUUUGCAAUAUCAAUCAACCAUAGUACCUACUCCUUCUUGGCUCAGCACCCUUGUUGGAGAGUCAUUCUCAUUUUCUGUCUUAUCUAUAAUCGAAUCAAAAUACCUAUAUCAUACCAUUUCAGUUUUUUUAAUAUAUACGCACAUUUUCAAGGUAUGUAAUACAUGAUUUAGCUGCUUGUUAUUUUUAAGAACACAAUG